CAAAAUUUUCAUUAGUUGUCCGUAUUUUACUUUUCAUAUAUUAUUUUUAAUAGUCGUGUAUCAAUUUUCAGACAUAAAUGUUUUCAUACAAAUUAUUAUGAUUGACUGUUUGUUCUUUUAUUUGUCUUGAAAAUUAUAUAUUGGGCGUUGUACAAUGGACGUUUCAAAAACAAUUUAAUCUACUAAAAGGAAGUUUCAUAAUUCUAUAUUCUUAUUAAAAAAUGGAUCAAAAUGGGAAAGACGAUUUGAAAACACAGUUCAUAACACGAGAAGGCACAUAUCGACUAAUUACAUUAUCGGAGUAUUCUAGACCAAAUCGUGUUGGCUAUCAGUCAAAUCAAAAUAACCCUCAAGUACGAGUUUCAUUACUUCCAGCUAAAGUGAACAGUGAUGUAUCUGCGACAAACAACACUGGGUCUUCAGUUUUAACGAGUUCAACGAAUACAACAAACGCGGGUGCGUCUAACAAUUCAAGUUACAUAUUACAACAGCCAUCUGCAAACACAAACAAUUCUGGAAUAACUAAUGGUAUUUCUGAAAUACCUCCCCAACAUCAGCAGUUUCAACAAGGUUUCAGUGAUAAAAUUUGCUUCAAUUUUGGCAAAGAACUCUAUGUGUACACCUACCGCGGGGUAAAGAAGAAUGUUGACCUUUGUAAACCAAUAGAUAAAAAACUAUACAAAGGUACCAGCCCAAGUUGUCACGACUUCAACGGAGCAACUUCGGUGAACGAUUGUGCAUCUCUUUUGGUUGGAUUUACAACAGGACAGAUACAGCUUGUUCAGCCUGGGAAAAGAGAAACUGGACGUUUGUAUAAUGAGGAAAGACUAAUCGACAAGACAAAAGUCACUUGUCUUAAAUGGCUUCCUAAAUCGCCAAACUUGUUCCUGGCUUCACAUUCUUCAGGCUACUUAUACUUGUAUAAUGAAGAGCUGCCGUGUUGUCCAAAUGUACCAAACUAUCAAAAUUUCAAAACCGGAGACGGUUUUACAAUUUUGACAUGUAAAUCGAAAGCGUCAAGAAAUCCGUUGUACAAAUGGGUUUUCAACUCAGACAAUUGUAGUAUAAAUGAAUUUUGCUUUUCACCGUGCGGCACAAUGUUAGCCAUUGUUUCACAAGAUGGAUUUUUACGCGUAUUUUAUUACGAUACAAUGGAAUUGCUUGGAAUAGCACGAUCCUAUUUUGGGGGAUUUUUAUGUGUUUGCUGGAGUCCUGAUUCCAAAUACGUUGUAGUUGGAGGUGAAGAUGAUUUGGUAACAGUUUGGUCUGUGAAUGAACGUCGAGUUGUAGCACGUGGUCAGGGACACCGAUCCUGGGUGUCUGUUGUUGCUUUUGAUCCAUACACUUCAUAUUCGCAUUCUGAUAGUUCUGAACUUUCUGAUGAUGAUAACACAGCGAACUGCUCAAGCAAUGGCAAAGUACAAAAAAACAAUGACAAUAUCACUGACGACAUUCCAUGUAUAAGCAGAAACAUGAUACGUCGAACCAGCUAUCGCUUAGGCUCAGUUGGUCAAGAUACACAAUUGUGUUUAUGGGAUAUUACAGAGGAUAUAUUAAGAAGACAAUCUUAUGAGAAGAGACAUCGACGCAGUUCGCUCGAAACACAAAAUGUUGAUUAUCAUGAUGAUAUACAAAUCGCCAAAGUCUCAUCAUCAGAAAGCGAUAAUAAUUCAAAGAUUAAUAGUUUUCGCUCGAAAUUUACAAUUGUCACAUCCACAGAGGGAAGUGGAAGCAAUAACAUCACAGAGGUAUUGGAUAAUAGUAUCGUUCCCACAAAACCUACAAAUAGUUUCAGUAAAUUAUGUAGUAAUUCAACAAAAGCCACAAAUGUGAUGGAAAAGUCAAUAAAUGCAGUGAGUGGUACUAUUCCAGUGAGAAGCGAUUCAACUUCCAUUGCAUCUAAUGAAACGUCUCUUAACAAAGGGAAUAAUUUUAAAAUUUCAGAGUCAGGAAUAAAUACAUUC